AUGUCGAGCAGCUCUGGGUUGACUGCGCCCCUGCCUUUCUACAAGCUCAUGGCUCUGGAAGCAACUGAGCUACCUCGGAAAAUGCGGUCAGAUGCAUUGGCGACCUUCAAGUCCAACGCCCGUGCUUGGGCUCCCGGCUUAGGGAGCACAGCCUUUGGUGGACAUGUAUAUGCGCAGGCUGCCUGGGCGGCAAGCAAAACUGUUGUUGAGGGUAUGAUUAUACAUAACAUGACAGGUUUCUUCAUAUUACCCGGCCGGGCUGAAGUACCUUUCAUCUAUAAAGUGCGCAGAGUCAGAGAUGGGGGUAUAUACUGCCUUAGGGCCGUGGAGGUGUAUCAAACACUAGUAGAAGAACCGUCCGAGUCAACGUCGAAUGCCACCAAACAGCAGACAAUCCUGACAGAAGGACUGACCGAGGCAGAAGACAUGGCACCAUGUUUCACUGCAACGGUAUCUUUUAAGAGAAGGGAGGAUCCGGGCAGAUACACCCACUUCAGAUAUCAGACACCCCGGGUUUCAGCCGGCCACCUUCGGAAAACAUAUGGAAAGGUGCUGAGUGGCAGAAGACCAGAGGAUCAGCCAAUGGCGCCUGGUGCGGAUGCCAUAUGGUGGACUCGAGGGAUUGAAGAAGAUUUAUGGGAGGAAACUGGACAGCGGUUUCCUGGUGUUGAAGUCAGGAAAGUCGACAUGGGUUCCUUCACCGCUGGUUUCGACCCUCCAGACAGAGUAGGGGGUUGGAGACAGUUGAGCUUCUACAGGCUGAUCAAAGAUGAUGCGGUAGACUUUGACGGUGACGAUAACAGGACAUCGACCUUAAACCUAUAUGCCUGUGCACAUCUCUACGCUUCUGACCGCAACUCAUUAUUCCUCAUAACCAAUGCUCUAAACUUCGCCGAUCAACUCGUUGCAAUGUCAUCACUUUCCCAUACGGUGAUUUUCCAUGGAGAUCCGGCGGCGCUGAGCAUGUGUGACCAUCAGGGAAGACCGAUCUGGUUCCUGCAGGAAGCUUGGACAGCGAAUGGUGGCUUGAACCGUGGAUGUCAUGAGAGCAGGUUGUGGAGGUGCAAUGACGAUGGUCAAGACGAAAUCAUCGCCACAACGAAGCAGGAUGCCGUAAUUAGGGUACCGGCAGAUUUGUUAUCCGUCGAGGAACUUGCGCAACGGAGAAAGAAGAUGGGACCCAGAUCCCGCAAGGGAAAGCUGUGA